CAGUAAUAAGUUCGUGGUUUUUUCAAUGUCAAGCAGGCAUUGAUUGAUGGGAAGGUGCGAGAGAGUGCCUUGACAAUAUCACGUACCGUCAAAACAUGGCGGAAGUAUUUUAUUCCACCAAAGCAGCACUUCAUAUUGGCAUUGUUGAUAUUAUUUGUGGAUUGAUAAGUAUAGGAAUUGGAGCGUUUAGCACUAGAAAUGAUGACCAUUCCGUCUUUACGGAAUUCAAACCCGAGGGGCUUCCAGUCUGGGCGGGAAUCCUUUUUGUCAUAACAGGAGGGCUAGGAGUUCUAAGCUUCAAAAAUCCAAGAAAAUGCAUGAUCAUAUUUUUCAUGAUGUUUUCUGUGUUCUGUGUUGGUGGAUCAGUCAUAAUCUUCUGGUGUUUGAUGCCUCAGAUGCAAUCUGGCAAUGAAACCAUCUCAUGGACUCUAUCUUAUGGAUCCUUCUUAACCCUAACUGCAAUAGCAUUUAUCGUCAGUAUGAAAGCCAUAUUUAUAUGUUUUAGAUUUACCAUUUCACAUGGUUGUAACUGUUCUAAAAGGAAUCCUCCGAGACAGAGACCACCUGCAGUAAUAGAACUUGGAACCACGUUAGAUUUAUCAAUUCAGCAUGAACCAAGUUCACAGAGAAGAACUAGUCGGCCAAUCCCAAGUCAUAGGGGUGCGUCAGGGUCUUGCAGAAGUCAAAGACAACACAAUCCAUACAGGCCCUCAGAUAGAAGAAGAAGAUCAAGAGACAGAUAUCAAGAUAGAGAAAGACCUACACUGCGCAUAACUCAAAAUGAUCAGUCACGAGAGAGACAAAAUGUACGGGACGAACAAGCAAGGACACCAUUAGUACAAAUGCAAAGACCUACGCCUCCCCCUCCACCCCUGCCCCCUGCUUAUCAAACAAUCAAAUUUCCAUACUUACCGUCCUAUUCAGAGGUGGAAGCACUACCGCCUCCUCCUCCAUAUACAGAAAAAUAGAUUUAUGACGAAUUUUAUAUACGAAAAUAUAUUUAAUUUGAACAUGGGUGUGUGUUCGAACCUCUAAUUUAUCUCAGGAAAGAAGAAUUUCUUAAUUUAUUGGAUUGAAAAUGAUCCGCUUUUAUUAUAGAUGGAAUCAAUUAUUAAUCGGUCAAAAUGGUGCAGAAUGACAGUGAGCCAUAUUUGUCCCUGAUCUGGUGUCUAUAAAGAUCUAGUUUUAUCAGAAGGUUUACUAUUGUACUAGUAAGAUUGUUUAGGUUCCAGAAAAUAUUCAUACCUUCCCACAGUGCUUGAAAUAACGGCCAGACAUCUGACAAUCUGUCUGCUCAGAAUAAUAAUAAUUGUAACCUGUCUGGUCAAAUCUUUACGUUACCAGUCAUUUUGACCAGUAAUGUUAAGCCAGAAACGAGAUACAGUAUGAUUGAGCUAAAACUAAUUUAGCUUGURAUCAUGACCAGCGACUGAUUGGCCAUUAUUUUAAGCCCUGCCGCACACAGGAAGUCUUUAGGUUACUUUAAUUUUUCACGGGAAAUUUAGCCUGGGUGGAUAGACAAGCAGAGGGUUAUGUAGUAUCAUUCUAAGUGCAGGUCCAAACCAUGGUUAUCUAAUUAAUAGAUGAUUAGCUGUUAUUGUCAAUAAUUGUUAAGUAAUUUGAAAAUAAUUACUGUGUUGACACUCGAACCAUGAACACUUCAAGGUUUUUUAUCUUUUUAGAAUUAUAUCCAAUCAAAAACCACAA